AUGCCCAUCACAAAGCCCCUGCCGGACGCCCCCGCAGAUGAGGCCCCGCCGCCGUACCAAGAGAAACCAUCCGGCAGUCCGGCGCCGGUGAACACCGGAAGCCCACCACCGGCGGGGAGCCCGGGGCCUUCCGCGCCGCCGGGCCAGGUCGCGCGCCAGUUCCCUCCGAUGUUCAAUGUCUAUUCGCAAAGCUUCACCCGCACAAUGCUCCUGGGCGAGCACCAAAACCAACCCUUCUACGCAAUGUCAAUCCACAGCGGCCUGAGCAGUUCGCCGCCAAUCGUGCUGCACUCGGGACCGAGCAACACCCACCCUCCCCUUGCGUCGGUCGAGUUCCACAGCUUCAGCAGCAGGAUGAGCAUCACGCUGCCCCCGGCGCCAAAGGGCAGUCCGGGAGGCGCACCCAUUAUCGAGCUCGAGUCUCGCGCCGACUUUCCAAGUUACAGAUACGUCUUCUCCAUGGGCGUGGGCCCCAACUGCGAGAGGCUGGAGCAAUUUGAAUGGCGGACGAGUUCUGGCGAGGCAAUUGGCAUUCUGGACGGUAGAAGCAGAGGACACAAGUUAGUACGGCUGUCUCAGACCGUCCCAGCCAAUGCACCGCCCGGUGUGUUCAGAGGAGGCGACGGCAAGGAGGUUGUCGCGGCCUGGACAAACGCCCACACGAGCAUGACCAAGGCCGCCAAAUUCGCCUUCAUGGGUAGCGGUUUGACAGGAGAGCUGGGCGAGCGCUGGGCAAUCAUGGCCGCCAUAUCCGGUCUGGCUAUAUUUGAGCGCGAGAGGCAGCGAAGGCGCAGAAACGCUUAG